UCGCUCAUGGGGACGCUCAAGAUGGGGCAGGACAUAUCCAGGUUUGAGCUGCCGGCCACGUUCCUGACGCCCUUCUCCGCGAUCCAGGCCACCGAGGACAUCCUCACGAUCAUCAGUGGGACCGAGCGGGACAUCGACGCGUGGAGGUCCAUGAGCGACACGGGUGUCGGCACCGUGCAGAGCUCGUUCCCCCUGCCCAGCAUGAAGAAACCCAUCAACAGCGUCCUCGGCGAGACGCACAGGGUACGGGUCGGGGAGAUCGAACUCCUCGCCGAGCAGGUGAGUCACCACCCGCCGAUCACGUGCUGGGAGCUCGAGCACGACGGCGCCGGCGUGCGAAUGACCGGCAACCUCGCGCCCAAACCAGUGUUCCACGGCACGUCCGUCCAGAUCGCGCUCAGGGGCACGCUCAUGAUAGAGUUCGAGGCCACCGGGGAGGUGUACUCCGCGUCCGUGCCGGACCUGCACAUACGCUUCUUCGGCCUGGGUGGAUCGUACAACGAAACCGUGGGUAAGGUUCGGUUCGAACGCGUCGACCCGGGUACCACCGGCGACGAUCGCAAGCUGUGGGCGGACCUGCACUUCAAACCCCGGGGCAGCGCCGGGUGGAAGAGCAAGGCGAACAGGAUGGAGGGGUGCGUGUACGAAGGAAGCUCGCCGUCGAUCGUGAUGACCCUGAAGGGGCACUGGAACGACACCCUGUACGCGGACGGUGAUCCCAGCAAACCGUUCUGGCACGCGGCGCGGCGAAGGCGGCAGAUGCCAAUCGCGCAGACGGUGCCGCUGGACCUCGAGACGGAGUCGCACAUCGUGUGGGGGGACCUGAUCCGCGCCAUCGUGAACAAGGACUGGAAGAAGGCCAACGCGGCUAAGAAGAGGCUGGAGGUGGCGCAGAGACGGUUGAUGAAGGAGAUCAAGGAGGGACGGAAGGAGUGGCACCCGAGGCUGUUC